AGAGGUGGAGUCUUUAAGACCCAGCGGAAUCCCAGGAGUAGCUCUCACUCCCUGUCCUGAAGUGGGUCCAACUUACCAGAACUAAGGCUAGGAGAGCUCUCCCUGGCUGGACUGUCAUAGCACUCAGACUGCGGGCACUGGGUCCAUCUCACUACUGCCGAGAUCGGGGGGCUCAGCCCAGCACAGACCCCCAACCCCUGGACUGACUGACCGGAAGGAGCCAGCAGGACCUCCAGCAUUGGAGGAGCUGCAGACAGCCUGCAGUCUGGGGGUCUUCUCAGGUCCUUCAAACCUGACGUCGUAUUUGGUUGCUCAUUUGACUGAGGUCCAUCACAUCCAGUAACCGGCCAUGCUGCUCCCACUUUUCAUUUCUGUCCUUUUCCCAUACCUUCCCUGUUGGGCUCAGUAUGAACAGUACAGUUUUAGGGGUUUCCCUCGCUCAGAGAUUAAGCCACUGCAGCCCACUUAUGCCAAGGGCCUGGAACUCUACGAGAAGGAGUCCUGGAGAGAUGCCAUCCGUGCACUGGAGGCUAGUCUAAGACUGAACAGAUUACUCCAGGACAGUGAGUCUUUCUGUGGUCAGAACUGUGUGGAUAGCAAUAAGAAACACCCAAUUCCAGGGAUUGAAGAGGAAGACACGUUUAAGGAAACCCAGGAGUGGAGUAUUGAGCUUCAGUUAUUUGGACAGGUGCUCUCCAGGGCUGUUUGUCUACGGAAGUGUAAAGCCACUCUGCCUGUAUUUCAGCAGCCUUAUCCUGACCAGGAGAUCCUGAAGGUGUUCCAGAGAAGAGACCCUUACCUGUACUUGCACUAUGCGUACUUCAAGAUCAAUGAUUUGGAGAAAGCGGUGUCUGCCGCACACACAUACCUGCAGAAGAAUCCUUCCCACGAGAUGACCACGAGAUACAUGGCGUAUUACAAAACUCUCAUGGACGUUGAUGAAUUUCUAAUCGAUUUGGAGGCCCAACCUUAUGAGGGAAUUUUUGUCAAGUCCGUAAAAUCUUACAAUGCGGGAGAUUUCAGACGCAGUAUCGAGGAGAUGGAGCAAGCGUUGCCGCUGUAUUAUAAAGCAUACGACAGCUGUCUGACAGGAUGUGAGGGCACCUACGAAAUGAGAGAAUUCAAAGACUUCUAUCCAGCAGUUGCAGAUCAUCUGGCGGACGUCCUACAGUGUAAAGUCGAGUGUGAGGGCAGUCUCACUCCUAAUGUCGGGGGCUACUUUGUUCAAAAGUUUGUGGCCACAAUGUAUCACUACCUGCAGUUUGCGUAUUACAAGUUAAACGAUGUGAAGAAUGCAGUGCAGUGCGUAUCGAGCUACAUGCUCUUUGACCCGGCGGACACAGUAAUGCAGCAGAAUCUGGCAUAUUACAAGUUCUACAAAGAGAAAUGGGAUUUGGAGGAUACGGAUUUCAAUCCUAGAAAGGAGGCUUUACAGUAUCACAACCAGACCACACGACACAAGGAGCUUCUGCAAUUUGCCCGAGAUUUCCUCAAUCAGGGGGAUGACGAGAUGGAAGUUGGAGCAGAACUGGAAACUGAGCCAGUCCCAUCUGACAGUGAAUUUGAAGGCAUUGGAGACUAUGAAGAAGGAAUCGUUGCUGAGUUUUGGACAGAGCCAAAAUCUAAAGGAGAUGUGGCAGAGAAAGGAUAUUGAUCUACCGUUGAGGUUUCAUUGGAUUAAGUGAAAACCUCUGUAUUUUAAAGAAAGCUCAUCCAGAGUAUAGAAUGAGUUAAAAGUAUCGAUUCUUGGAGACCAAUCAUGCACUCCAAAGACGGGACCCAACAUUGUCCAAGGUGCACACAAUGUAAAACUUCUCAAUUUUGAGGAACGGGGUACCAGAGACUCUCUAUUCCAAAGUUGUAAACAGUUUAAUGCUGGCCAGCUGGGAUUUUUCAUAUUUCUGUUUGUCGUUGAAAGAAGUACCUUUUCGAAUGUGUUACCCAAAUAUCUUCCUGGGAAAUAAAGUCACAUUUUAA